CGCAGAGGAUGGCGCGUGGUUUGCUUCAAACCGUUAAUAAGUUGUCUUCUCCACUGUCUUCUUCCCCUCACCAGCUCCUUUCAAAACCAAAACCAUAACCAUAGCUGCUUCAAUGACCAACUCAAUGCUCUCGCUCCGAAUGCUCACCUGCUUCACCGCUUUACCUUCAUCGUCAUCAUCUUCAUCAUCAACAACAAGACCUCGUUGUUCGUCUUUACCCGUGCCUCAAACCGUCAACACUGCCGUCGCUGCCUCUCUCAAGAUUCCCUGCAACUUAGAGGCCAUAGAAUCUGACACACAGAGCGAUAACAACAGUCUCAACAAUAGGAACACUAAAAUGAAUGUUGGCAACCCUCGCGCAGACGACGACGAAGAAGAAGGAAUUUCAAAAAUCCGAGUGCCUCGUCAGAAGUACAUCCCUGUUUCCAAGUCUGAACUCUUGGACGGCAUAAUUUCCGCACUCUUUGACUCUAAGGAUGAAGAUGCAAACCAAUUUCUCCUCUUCUCCUCGUGCUUGGACUCUAUUCUUCACGCGGAGCACAAGCGCAUUUUGGAGCAAAUGCGAUCUGAUUAUUUUUCCACUCAGAAUAUGGACGAUGACGAGAGAGCCGGCGGCGGACAAUCGGCUGGUUCUGAAACAGGAGCCGCCUACCAGCACGUUUUAGCCAACGGGGAGAAGUGUGUCUCUGAAAAUGGGAGCCCAGAUGGAUGUCGCAAAGAAUACAAUGGGUUGCAUGAGUUGCCAUUACCCUUCACUUAUGGUCUGGACUUGAGGAACCUCUUAGGUUCUUCAGACAAAAAUGCCAAGUCACAUUCCCAGGGGAAGACUAGACUUGCGGUUGCCACUCGUUUCCAGCACGCUUUUAUGCAACUUCUGAGUGACGCUCAGUUUGAAGAACUAUCAGUUGAGGAUUUGGCCUUGACAUCUGCCUUGAACACAGACUAUUUACUUACUUUGCCUAUAUAUGUCGAUUGGAAGAGAGCAUCUGAAUCAAAUGCAAUUAUCUUCAGGCGGGGAUAUGCAACUGAAAGGCAGAAGGGGCUGCUUAUUGUUGAGAAGCUGGAUUACAUACAGUCAAAACUUCUUAGAGGAAUAUUUUCUAUUGUUUCAAAGCCCUUGGGAAAUUUUGGCAAUUUGAUAAAGGAGGCUUUCAGUAAUGCAUCUAAUGCACCAGAAAUACAAGAUUGGACCAAGAGAAUGAAGCUCUGGCUUAAGGAGCUUUACAUUUUUCAGCAGUCAUUGCUUAAAAACAAACAAGCUUCUGAUAGUGAAUUGCGAAUAGACCAACUGUCAGACAGAGACCUUCCUAUUUGGCUAGCAGCACAGAAGGCAGUGAGUCGCUAUGAAGGACUCCUGGCACCUGUUGGACCCCGUGAAAGGCUCCUUAGAAAAUUACUUGCAUGGAUUGGAUUAAUUCCUCCUCCUCCUGAGAAACCAUUCCCACUUGACAGUGAAAGUAAUGCUUCUGAACCUUAUUUAAGGUCAAUUUUCUUAUCAAGAAUGACACUUAGUGAUAUAUGGAAGCCUGCUUCAAAUAAACUUUGUGGAAAUGAUUUUUGGAAAAAGUUCAAAACUUCCAUUUCUAUUCUUCUGUCACCAUCAAUUCUCCAGGAGCCAGCAUUCGAAGAAUUGAUUUUGCUUUAUACAAAGGAUAUGGGUGAAGGAGAUGGAAAUGAUAAAGCUGAAUCUCGAUCUCUGCAAUUAAAAAUAUAUGAAAGAAUUCCAAUUCCAGAUUUGCCAUUCUUGUCUUAUCACUUGCAGGUUAUUUUCCCUCACAAGAAGCUGUCUUUCCGUAUCAUAGACACAGUACGUUUGGAUGCAGCCACAAUAUUGGGACUUUUGGCAUAUUUCAUAAACUACAAAUUUGAGGACAUCUUAUCUUCUCCAUCAGCAAUAUUUCUUGAUGUAAUUGCUGUCAGUGCUCUAAUAAUAUAUGUGACUCGUGUGGCUUUGGGUUACAAACAAACAUGGGAUAGAUAUCAACUUCUUGUCAACAAGACUCUCUAUGAGAAAACCUUGGCCGGUGGCUUCGGCUCAGUUCAUUUUCUUCUUGAUGCUUCUCAACAGCAACAGUACAAGGAAGCUAUUUUGAUGUACGCAGUCCUGCUUAAAGGGGAGAAGAAUCAGGUUAUUUGCUACAAAAAUGUUGGAGACAGAUGUGAAAGAUUUAUGUACGAUGUGUUCAAGGCAAAGGUUGAAAUGCCGGUUGAAAAGGCAAUUGAGACAUUGACAAGGCUAGGAUUAGUGUCAGAGUCGAUUAUUGAUGUAAGAAUUCGGCUGCAAGUUCUUCCUUGUCUAGAAGCAUACAAAGCUCUCAAAGAACGUUGGAAUAGUUUGCUCAGCUAGUAUAUUCAACAGAUGAUCCAAUCUAUUCUUUUCUUUCUGGAAGACACUCUGAUCGCUGUUUAGCAUAUAGUGCCAGUAUAUAUGGCAAUUCACAAUAGAUUUCCAAAUUAAUAUUACACAGGCUUAAUUCACCAACUGUUUGUUUUUAUAUUUUUUUCUUGGGGAAGAAGAGGAUGUUAGGCUCUUCUCAAAGUUGUAUAUGCUGUAGCAUUCUUAAUUUUGUAGAAAUUUCUAUUUGGACCUCAGUUAAGUUGUAUAUGUUGUUUAUAAAUGGGUAUCUAAUUGUCUAUGUUUGUUGCUCUAA